AUGGGAUGCAAGUCUACAACUAAGCAUCAUACUCUCCUACACUUUGACAAGGCUGAAGACAGGGAUGGAACCACCCCAACUGUAAUUGGUAACAGCUUCCUGGGAAAAACCGAAGAUAAAGUCCUGUUCCCAGCAUUCCCUGUCAUAGUCAGAUGUCCAGCUACCAGAAAGGAAAUGAAGACUUGGGCAGGAAUCGAUUCCUACUCCAGCGCCUCUCUGUGUGAAGAAGACGUUCUGCAGGAAUUAUCCAUAGAGCCAGAUGAAAAGCCAGUCGAAUUGAAGACAUUGAAUGGAGUUAGUGCGGUCAAGGAGAAGGAAUUGAGCGAGCAACUCCUACGAUUAGCAGAAUUUGAUCAAGCUGGGAUUGGAACCAAGUAUCACUUCACCAAGCCUACGUCAGCUGAAGAUGUCAAAGCGAAGGAAAUUCUCGACAGCGGCACAUACCUAUGUGAUGGUCAUUUGUACAUUCCAAUACCUCUCGGAGAUUCAGCCAAGGAGAUACCGAACAACAGAGGGUAUGCACUGAAAAGACUUAUGGGAGUCAAGGCGAAGUUUAAGAGAGGAAAGUUUGUCAAAGAAAACUUCACAGAGUACGAGGCCUACCGUGACCUGUUCCAGAAAUACCGAGAAAAAGGGUAUAUAAGAAGGAUUCCAAGAGAUGAGAUUGAAGCUGAUGAGCCAGUGAAUUACGUACCCUUCCAUCAUGUAUACCACCCAGCAAAACCUGGUAAACUGAGGAUAGUCUGGGAUGCAGCUGCACGCUAUGGAGACACCUGCUUAAAUGACCAUAUUUAUACAGGAGAAGACAACAUGAACUCAUUGCUGGGAGUCCUACUCAGAUUCCGGACGGGGGGAGAGAUAGCAUUCCAGGCUGACGUAAAUGCUAUGUUUAACCAGAUCUUCAUCACAAGGCAACAUUGGAAUUUGAUGAGGUUCCUAUGGUUCAAAGAUGAUGACUUGGAUGCAGAACCUGAAGAAUAUCAAAUCCUCCACAAUUUCUUUGGUGGUACCCAUGCUCCUGCCCUAGCUGGAUAUGCUGUAAAGAAGACAUGCAUCGACAACAGAGAUGAUUUCCACCCAGAAACAAUCAAGACGGGACUCAGAAACAGUUAUGUAGAUGACAUACUUAAGUCUUUGGGGCCUGAGCUGGCAGUCAUAGUCGUCUCAGAGAUCUUCAAACUUUAUGGCAAAACUGGAUUUGAGCUGGCCAAGUUUGUAACAACUGAGAGAAGUCUUCUAGAGUUGGUUAAACCAGAGCUGCAGGCACCUUCAAUGAAAGAAUCUUCCGAUCUUGAGAUGGGAUGUGAACACGAAGAACGAGUCCUUGAUGUCAAAUGGAAUGUCACCGAUGACACAUUUGGUUUCAAAACAAGAGAAAAGGAAAGGCCUUUAAGAAGAAGAGGGCUGCUCGGUAACAUAGCCGCUAUGUUCGACCCAGAAGGAAGUGUAGCCCCUGUGACGCUCAUACCGAGGCAAAUUCUACAAGAUAUAACAACUAAGGGGUAUGGCUGGGACGAGCCAUUACCAGAGUUGGAAGCCACUCAAGUUCAGAAAUGGCUGCAGUCAAUACAGAAGUUGGCAGAUUUCAAGAGAGAACGAGCAGUAGUACCAAAGGGAUUUGGCAAGAUAGUAUCAAGAGAGUUGCAUGCGUUCUCUGAUGGCUCAGAGACAGGAGUUGGAUUUGAGAUCUUCAUAAAGUCGACCAACGAAGAAGGAGCAUGUCACAUCUCAUUCCUGCUUGCAAAGGCCCUGGUAACUCCCACCAAGGUCAAGACGAUUCCUAGGAUUGAGCUGCAAGCCAUGCUGCUGUCGAUGAGGGGGGUCAAGUUUGUCAUCAAAUAG